AGCACUACAUAACCGUUCUCUCCAUCUUCAAACUUCUUUUUCCAACUGUCCAAAAAAGCAAAAAGCAAAAGAAAAAAAGAAAAAAGAAAAAGAGAGAGAGAGAGUACCACAGCGCAUAGCAGCCCGAAUAUCCUUCGCGAUCCGAACCCCUUUCUCUCUCCCUCUCUCUCACACUCGCUCACACUAUAAAUACAGACACUCUGACACUUUUUCCUCUAUCAUUAUUAAUGACACUAGAAGAGCAGAAGCAGGAGGAAGAGAUGUGCCGGACGAUCGAAGUCGUCUCCUCCGGCAAAGUCGCCGCCGUCAAGGCCGCCGGCGAUGAAUUCACCGGAGAAGAGCCCUACAUACCGCCUCUCAACUUCUCCAUGGUCGACAACGGCAUUUUCCGCUGCGGCUUCCCCGACUCCGCCAACUUCUCCUUCCUCCAAACCCUAGGCCUCCGCUCCAUCAUAUGUCUGUGUCCAGAGCCGUAUCCGGAGGCUAACAUGGAGUUUCUCAAGUCCAACGGGAUCAAGCUCUUUCAAUUCGGGAUUGAAGGAUAUAAGCAUUUUUCGGAUCAUGUACCCAGGAAUCAAAACUUUUACAUUUUUCUGGAGCCAUUUGUGAAUAUCCCGGAUUAUACAAUUCGUGAAGCACUAAAAGUUGUCCUUGAUGUAAGGAAUCACCCGGUUUUAAUUCAUUGUAAACGAGGGAAGCAUCGAACCGGUUGUCUUGUGGGAUGCUUGAGAAAAUUGCAAAGGUGGUGCCUGACAUCUGUUUUUGAUGAAUACCAGCGGUUUGCAGCGGCUAAAGCUAGACUUUCAGAUCAAAGGUUUAUGGAGUUGUUUGAUGUUUCUAGCUUGAAGCAUCUGCCAAUGUCAUUUUCAUGUUCGAAGAGGUAAACGACCGAGUUCUAUCGACCGGCUUUUCCUUUAUUUAAUGGAAGAGAAUCGUUUAGGUCCUACUUCAGAAUAAAUAGGAAAAGGUGAUGAGUUCCUGGAAUGCAUUUCAGCGGCAAAGGAAUAAUUCUUCUUUUUUCCUCAUUGGGAAUAAAAAGAAUAUAUAUAUUUAGUGUGUCCUGUUCGGAGUGUUACAAACUCUCCCUAUACCUCUCUCUCUCUCUCUCUCUCUCUCUCUGUGAUAUGUCCGGGGUCCUCGAAAAUUAGCUUGGUUUAGAGGUCUUAAGUUGAUGCUGAAAGGGUUUUUAGUGGAUACAAAUCAAGAUAGCAACUCUUCUCUUCCACUCUAGCUGCUCCUUUCAAUGAUUAUAAUGGAAGGCAAGGCCAGCUAGACAGAUUUUGAUCUACCCAUGAAUCUUGGUCGGGUAGUCAAGUAUAGAUAAAACAAAAUAUAUUUACUUGUAGAAUAGUUAUCUGGGUAUCUUUAUCAUGAUGUAAUUUGAUAAUCAAAUAAAGUAUGAUUUAAUAAACAA